UUAUCUUUUCAAAUCACUGUAUUUUUCAUAAUUUGAUCCACAUUUGUGAAUUAAAUCAAAUUAACGAUGUCAGAAUUAGAGAGCGUGGAAAAACCUGUUGAAUUUCCUGAAACAGAAUACGUAGAAGAUGGACAAAAUAAAUUGAUAAUUAAAUGUAAAUAUUGUACAUCGAAAAUUUUAGAUAAAAAGUCGGCAAAAUAUAUCACUCAAGAGAAAGAUCUGCCAUUAAUGCAACAGGACAAGAAUAAAGAGGGUGAAGUGCAAAGUGAAAGAAUUAAUCAAUUCUAUCAUGUUGAAAACAUGUAUACGUUUGAGAAUAUCGGCUUUACACAUACAGUUGCUAACCACAAGUACCUAAGUUGUGCAGAUUGUGACGCAGGACCUGUGGGCUAUUAUGACAUGGAAACUAAACAUAGUUAUGUUGCACUUUCGAGGGUAGAACAUUGUUAAUAAUAAUUAUAUCAGCUAUAUCUCUUAUGCUGUAGAUAGAUAAUAAUUGAAUGAUAUAUUUUGCAAUGUUAUCAAAGUUGCAUAAUAGGAUUUUCAUAUAUCCGCACAUAAUUUUGUCA